AUGCCCGUGGCCCGCAGCGUGCUCGUCCUGGCAGGGCUCCUGGCUCUCUGGGCAGAGCUGCCUCCAGCAUCCGCCCAGAAUGUCACCACAAAAGCCGGCGUGUGCCCGGACCCGGCGACGGAAGCGGUGAACUGCACGGUGGGGUGCCAGUCCGAUGGCGACUGCGAGAGCACCCUCAAGUGCUGCCCGGCGGCCUGCGGCAAGGCCUGCCAGAAGCCCGACGAGAAGCCUGGCACCUGCCCACCCGUCAACCCAGGGAUCCCCAUGCUGGGCGUCUGUGCCAACCAGUGUAAGUCUGACUCCAACUGCUCCGGGAACCAGAAGUGCUGCAGGAAUGGCUGUGGCAAGGUCUCCUGUGUGACACCCAUCCACUGAGGCACAGCCACCUCCUUCCAGCCAGGUCACAGGGAAGC